AUGGUGCGGGCGCGUCCGCCGGCGGCACGUCUUGUCCUUAGAGAGACUGACAACGGGCGCUACUUGGCUCACGGGGACAGCCGAAGGGUACACGCCGACGAGUCUCGAAUUCCGGCAUCGCUGGGUUCUACGAACAGUCCGAAAAAGAGAGAAGUUGGGACCUAUUCUUGUCCUGCCCCCCGGUCAGCAGAAGGCCUGACUCUCGGCAACCCGAGAAAGCGGCCACCGCAGCCUCAGUCUACCGCUGUGCAGGAGCCUGAGCAGAGCGACCACCAAGAAGGGAGUAUGGAAUCAAGGCUGAUCUCCCUUCCGCCGAGGGGGUUUGGGGCGAUAUCUAGUAAGCGAGCAAAGACAACUGAAGUUCAAGAGAAACUAGCAACUGCCCAGAAUGGGAGUGAAGUUGCUUCGGAUUUGUCUGGUGUGUCGGUGACUUCGGCGUGCUUGCGCACCGACGGGGGAACGGCCCUCAAGUCAUCUGAGGGAACAUGUGGAGGGCCAGUUGGACCUUCUCUGCCGUUCAACAAGAGACGAGGAUUCAAGGAUCGGCAAGCUCAACAUCAGGAGAGUCCCUCAAAAGGGCAAGGUAUGACUGUAGUAAAUGGAAACCCUGGAGGGUUCACCGGUCAGGGGGGCGGGCCUGCGGGGCGUUGCUGUGAAAAAAAACGGGAGGCAAUGGAAGGCAGUUGCGCCAAGCCUGAGUCCAACGUUUCGCACUUAUCUGCCUUUGACUGCAAGACGGAGGCCACGGGCGUGUCGCCAUGCUCAUACCAUACGAAAGCUGCGGCAGGCAACGGUAAUGGUGUUGCCGCUAUCAAAGCCUCCGGAAAAGAUGCAGGAUCCGCUGGCGGAGAGUCGACGACGGACAAGGUGGGCCAGAGAGCGGCAGAUGUGUUUGGCGGUGUCCCUAAAGGUAUUUCUGGAAUGCCUACUAGUUCGGCCGACCCUCCAGGCGUUCACGGUGAGGCAAGGAGGAGGCCAGGCGCCGGGGGUGUUUCGCAUAGAAAAGGAGUUUCCAAGAGUGGGGACACCAUUCAAACGAAUAGGUCUGGGGGAGGAGGGGCCAAUGGCAGAGUGUCCAAUGGAAAGGACAAAAUUGUCGUCGGAGGGUUUGGGACGAGGCAGGUACCUUCAGCAUCGCGGGCAGAACCCACAGAGGGGAAGCCUGCGAGGUCAUGCGUCAGGACAGGCAUUAAGAACACGAGGAGCGUCAGUUCAGCUUCCGCAUCUACGGUCGAUGGUGGGGUAAACAAGCGGCCUGCCCAUGCGAAUGUGAGAAUUGCAAUCGACGGUUUCCAUCCGGCCUCUUGUGAAGACUCGCAUUUGGCGUCUUCGCUCAACGCGUGCUCCAGCUUUGGUAGAGGAGCGAGUAGGGCCUCGCAUGCGAGCCGGCCUCCUGCUGCUGCCCUCGCGGUUAAUGGCUGUAGCGGCCUACUUUCAGAUUGUGUUGCUCCGCAGCAGGCGUUUGGUAAGGAGAAACGGGAAGGGGGAGCGUUCCGCAAGCCGCAAGAAAAGAUUGUUCGCCUUUGCGAUCGUGAUGAGGAUAUCUGGAAUGAAUGGGAAGGGGUACGGCUGCUGGGUGAGGGCGUGUAUGGCCGGGUCUACUUAGUACGCCAUAAAGACACAGGCGAGGAACGAGCUUUCAAACGCAUGUACCUGCAGUCCUCCAGGCAUGCAAUAGACGAUGAGUCAGUUGCCGGCGGAGGAGUUCCCGCAGUGGUGCAGCGAGAAGUCGCGAGUUUGAAAGCGUUACGCGGGUCGCCGAACGUCAUUCGGCUCGACCAGGUCUUUGUAGGGUGCCGGCGAGUGUAUCUGUCCUUCCCCGUGAUUCACGGAGGAAGUCUCACAGAAUUGAUGAGGAGGUACGCAUGCUGGCAGGAACAUCUUUUAUGCAGUCACCAGGCACAAGAGCACAACCACAUUUCUCCGCACAGGCUUUUUCUUCAGGAGCAUGGAGACCAAGACGCCGUGUAUGAAUACAAAAGUGAAAGCUCGUCUGCGAACAAACAAGAGAAAAACGAAGAAGACGUGGCAUUCCCCAGCGACCACGAAAGCGCCAGUUCUUCGUUUGGCUUGUCGCCCAGUUCCGCAAAGAGUGUAGGCACGAGAAAGCACGUAUCGUUUCCACCGCCUUUCUCGUACCCAGACAUGCCGCCCUGCGGGCUACCUCUGGCUCUGUGCAAAACGAUAACCCAGGCUAUUUUGCGAGGCGUUGCUGCGUGCCACGAACACCGAAUCGCCCACAGAGACUUAAAGCCUGACAACAUCCUUGUAGAAUGGGUUCCUCAGCACCCGCCCUGCCCUCCGCCUCCGCCUCCUUCCCCUGUGGCGUCUGACAGACUCUACGAUGAGGCUUUUCCAUGCGAUGCCUCAGAGGAGGAGGACGACGAUAUCGGGGAAGCAGAGAAAGGAAACGAUGGCAUCCACGAGCCUCGCGUGCAUCUGAACUGCCGCACCAAAGCUGCGGAGCUGGCCGCGGCGGCUGCAGCGCGGCUUCAAAUCGGCCUCUUAAAAGCGGAGAAGCACGUGGCUGAACAGGGAAGUGAGGAAUCAGGGUCACAAACAGGACGGAAGAAAGAAGUCGGCGAAGAGGUCGACGCAUCCGCUGUACCAUGCGACACUCUUGUCGAGAAACGGAAAACAGGAGUGGUGAAAGGUGGCUCUCACCACGUAAAGUCUGCAUGUGACAAAGGGAUCCCAAUCGUUUCAGUUCCAGGUGGAUCAAAUCAGGACCACAAGCAUGCGCACAAGGAAUCCAGCACAGAUAGCAGUCAGAAAGGAGAGGCAGAGAGCAAGACGUCCUCCCAGGGGACUUCAGAAGACGAUGGAAGCGUCAACACCAGCCAGACGGAAGCCCCUGCCCCAUACCCCCCUCUGGCCACACAGCUCGUCAUAGCAGAUUUUGGAUUGGCACGCACGCUGCCUUUCUAUAUUUCCUCUUCCAUUAUGCCCGAUCAGCCGCUGUCUGCCACCUCUACUACGAGUACUGCAAUAGAGAAGAGCCGCAGCAGCCUCAAGCAGACAAAGGAUGUCUCACAGAAGCGAACAACUGCGCAACGCGAGCGCAAACCGCCACAAAAGAGCUCUACAGGUGCUGCCGCGUCUUCGCGAGUUGCCGGAGGGUGUUCUGCUGAAUCGCCAUCAGGGGCGCUCCACCGAGAACGGAAGAGACUCGAAACGAGCCGCAAUGCGCACGACGACGGUGAGGGAAACAGCUUGGCGAAAAAAGGGAGAGAUCCUGGCACGGAUCACUCUGUGACAUCGGAAUCAGACCUCCAGUCAGACGGCGACGAUAAGGCAACGGGCCGAGCAAGCUUCUGUUUGUCGCCUGAGAUUAUCACUUUGAACUACAGGCCACUCGACGUUCUCUUGGGCAGCAGCUCCUAUUCCCUGUGCGUCGACGUGUGGAGUGCGGGCUGCAUCCUCAUGGAGCUACUUACAGGCACUGAGCUGAUUGACGGAUGCUCUGAGUUUCAGUGCAUCAUGGCCAUCAUGCGCCUCUUCGGAAACCCGUGGCGCCGAGCAGAAAAAAGGGGAGACGCUGGCAGCGCGCAAGCAAUACAGGAGAGUCUGACACAUCGAAACUCGCCGGCGGAGAGGAGCACGGGCUGCGGGGCAAAAAGCGCUGGAGAUGGCAAGAGAAACGAAGGAAAAGGCGACUCGAGGGAGCAGGGCUCCCAGCGCGAACCAAAUACGGCUAGACCAGAGAGAUCUCGACCAGCAACAUUAACAAGAAGUAGUGAGUGGAAAUUUUGGUCAGAAGCACUUCCUGCCUUUGAAGGAGAGGAGAGACCGCUUGAGCGGAUUCUGAUAGAGAAUGGUCGGCUUGAUGCCAUAGCGGAUCCCCAUCUACUGGAUCUGGCCUCUAAGCUGCUCGAGGUCAUGCCUGACAAGAGGAUAACAGCCAAAGAUGCUCUCAAGCACCCGUUCUUUGACAAUAUCCGCAUUGAAGAUGAACUGUAG